AGCCCUUUCCGGCCCACAAGGUAUCCGGAAAACAAGCCGAUUCAUGAACCAAUCAUGCCCCCAUCAUUAAUCCACGCUGUCUCUGGAUUCCGGAGUCAUUCUACGACGCCUGCCUCUGCAGACUGCAGUCCGAGUCCAGGGGAGCCGCGUCCGGUCCGCGGGUUGCCUUCUCUUGCUUACUUGCUAGCUCCUCGUCGCAGUAGCGGCAGCGGACGAGCAGUCGAGCGCAACGCCGCCAAUCAUUCCUUCCUCUGCCUUCCUCUCUCCCUCCCCCUCCCGGCGCCAUCUCGACGCUCGGCCCCCCGCGGGCGGGAUCCGUCGCCACAGAUCCGCUGCCUGACCUGACCGCCCCUCAUGCUCGGGUAGCGCUUUUCAGUUUCCCCCGUUCCCCGUGGGCCACUCGACCCGCCGACGGAGCGGAAGGGCGGCCCCGGCCGUGACCGCGGCGCGACUCGCGACCCUCCCAGUCCCAGAAGCGGCGUGCGGCGACCGGGACCGGCUGCUGGUGGUGAAUUCGCGCCGGCGAACUGAAUUCAAGCGGCGAAUCCCCUCCUCUGGUCCUGUCUCGAGCCCUCGGCGUCCGCGCCUCCUCCGUCUCGCCGCCGUUCUCGACGCCCGCCGAUCCAACACCGGGUCUGCCCAACAGCCCAAGUGUUUCACUAGUGAUGGCAGAAGUCCAGGAUGGUCAUUAUGAUUCAAUGUCACAGGCCACUGAUAGCUUGCGUGUUGAACCUAUAUAUGAGUCGUUCCUAUGCCCGCUUACCAAACAGGUUAUGCGGGAUCCUGUUUCUAUUGACAGUGGUGUUACGUUUGAACGCAAUGCCAUUUUGAAUUAUUUCAAUGAAUGUCUUAGCAGUGGAAGGAGGCUUGUCUGCCCUGUAACUAAGAUGGAGCUCAGCAACACUGAGUUAAAUCCAAGCAUAGCUCUGAGGAACACUAUUGAUGAAUGGAUGAAUCGCAACGAGGCGGCCAAACUUGACGUCGCUCGUAAGUCAUUGACUUCUGACAGCACAGAAAGUGAUAUCCUACAAGCACUCCAGUAUGUUGAUGAGAUAUGUCAGAGAAGUCGAUCUAACAGGCAGGUUGUGAGAAGAGAUGGGUUGAUAAUCAUGAUUGCUGACUUGUUGAAGAAUAGCAGUACGAAAGUACGCCAAGCGGCACUAGGGACUCUUUGCUCCAUUGCAAAAGAUGACAAUGAAAAUAAGGUUGAGAUUGCCGCUGGAGACAAUAUUCGCACAAUUGUAAAGUUCUUAAAUCAUGGGCAGACUCAGGAAAAGGAGCAAGCGGUGUCACUGUUGUUUGAACUUUCAGAAAAUAAGGCUCUUUCAGAAAGAAUUGGCAGUGUUUCUGGAGCUAUUCUUAUACUUGUUGGUUUGUCAAGCAGUAAAGUAGAAAACUUGCUCAUUGUUGACAGAGCUGAGAAGACAUUGGAAAAUUUAGAGAGCUGUGAAAAAAAUGUUAGACAGAUGGCUGAAAAUGGACGAUUGCAACCCCUCCUGAGGCUGCUUCUUGAUGGUUCACCUGGCAUGCAAUUACCUAUGGCUGCAUACCUUGGAGAGCUUGUUCUAAGCAAUGAUGUUAAGGUACUUGUGGCACAAAAGGCUGGCUCCACACUAGUCAAUAUCAUGAAAAAAGGGAAUAGAGAGGCCAGAGAAGCAGCUUUGAAGGCAUUGAACCAAAUUUCAUCUUAUGAUGUUAGUGCAAAGAUAUUAAUUGAAGCCGGUAUUCUUCCGCCUCUCAUCACAGACCUCUUUACUGUUGGCAGUAAUCAGCUUCCAAUGAGAUUGAAGGAGGUCUCAGCGACCAUUCUUGCAAAUGUUGUGGCAUCGGGUGCACGUUUUGAGUCCAUUCCACUUGAUCAUAAUAGGCAGACCUUGGUGUCUGAAGACAUUGUACACAAUCUGCUUCAUCUCAUAAGCAACACUGGACCUGCAAUUGAGUGUAAGUUGCUCCAGGUUUUCGUUGGUCUAACUGACUCUUCGACAUCUGUACAAAAUAUAGUUGAUGCUAUCAAAAGUUCAGGUGCUAUUGUCAGUUUAAUUCAGUUUGUUGAAGCACCUCAAAGGGAAGUACGCAUGAAUUCCAUCAAGCUCUUGAAUAACAUAUCACCUUAUAUGGGUCAAGAACUUGCUGAUGCUUUUCGUGGAAACUUCAGUCAACUAAGCAGCUUGGUCAAGGUAAUUGUCGAUAACAAUGGUAUUUCUGAAGAGCAAGCAGCUGCUGCUGGCCUUGUAGCUGAUCUUCCCAUGGGGGACUCAGUCCUCACCAGACGUCUUCUUCAAGAUGGGGCAUUCGCAGCAAUCAUUUCAAAAGUUUUAAGAAUCCGACAAGGGGAGAUUCGUGGGGGGCGUUUUGUUAACCCAUUCCUCGAAGGUCUGGUUAGAAUAGUCUCCCGGAUCACAUUUGUCUUGGAUGAUGAUCCGGAUAUCAUUGCUGUUGCUCGUGAUUACAAUCUUGCUUCACUCUUCACUGAUCUGCUUCAGAUGAAUGGGCUUGACGUAGUCCAGAUUGUCUCUGCUGUUUCACUAGAGAAACUCUCGCAGCAGUCAAAACAUCUUACGAAGAUACUGCCUGCUCCCAGCCCAGGGCUGUGCUUUUCAAUAUUUCCAUGCCUCAGCCAGAAGACUGUAGCAACUGGGGUCUGUAGAGUUCACUGUGGGAUUUGUUCCGCAAGGGAGAGCUUCUGUCUCUUGGAGGGGAAGGCAGUGGAGAAGUUAGUUGCCUGCUUGGAUAAUAAUAACGAGAAAGUAGUCGAAGCUGCUCUAGCAGCGCUGUCCACUUUACUGGAGGAUGGAGUGGACAUUGAACAAGGUGUCAUGGUGCUGUGUGAUGCAGAAGGAAUCAACCCGAUACUCGCGGUAUUGUGCGAGAACAGAAACGAGGCACUGCGCCAGAGAGCGGUGUGGGCAGUGGAGAGAAUCCUGAGGACGGACGAAAUAGCGUAUGAGAUAUCUGGAAACCAGAAUGUUGGUACAGCCUUGGUGGAGGCAUUCAGGCAUGGCGACUCUAGGACAAGACAAGUUGCAGAGCGAGCAUUGAAGCAUGUAGAUAAGUUGCCCAAUUUCUCUGGGAUAUUUUCUAAGAUGGGAGCACAAUGACCACGUUCCAUGGAAGUACUCGUGUUCUAUUUGACAUGAGGCAGGCGCAGAUGAACACUUGUGUUCCCAGCAGGCCUUCAUUGGUUUUGCUGACUCGCACUCCAGCUAGAUGUUGUAGCGAUCUGAUUGGUGGAAGAAGAAUUAAGUAUUGCACGUGUUGUAUAGUGUGUAUUUGUACCUGUAGACUUGUCUGUACUUUCGAGAUUGGUCAGAUUCAUAGAAUAGGUUGCUAUCCCUGUUGUGUGGAGACAAUACAUAAUGCAUAACCGCCAGCACUGGGUGGAAAAAAAAGGGAAGAAAUGUGAAGUCGUUGCGUCAGAUAUGACAUGGUUUUCUGGUGUAUGUCUUAAUGUCUACAGAGGCAAAGUGCAAAGGACUGUUUGGUUCGCUGUCUAA